GCCAUGUACGACACGAUGGAGUCACUUUUUCACGGAACAUUGAGUUUGCUUUUAAUAUUAUAUGGAACGUACCUUCCGGAAGUAGAGAGCAGAGUCUUUGUCACGUACAACAGGGGUAGGACGGUUACCUAUUCUUCCUACAGAAGGAGUCAAUAUAAUCAAAGCAAUUCCCGUCUGAUGUGGAUUUUUGUUGGUCUCUUUUUCGGAUCUAUCGUUUUAGUUCUACUGUGUUUCUUUUGUUACAUCAAAUGUAAGAAGAAAACUCAGGAGACAGAGAACACUGUAGGAAAUACAGUGUCAGUGGUACGACUACCAGAUACAAGAUAUGAUAUAAAUCCUCCCCCUAGAUAUUCCCAGACACUAGAAGAGGGACACCAGACCCUCAAAGUAACUGAUGGGGCCAGUCCUCCCAGGUACAGUGAUAUCAUUAAUCCUCCAGGGAAUACCGUAUCCUCUCCAGGAACUUCAACAACUGAUUCUGUCAGUAAUUCAUCAGCAGUGGCUUCUGCAACAGCAGACUCUAUCAGUAAUUCAUCACCAGUGGCUUCUGCAGCUCCUCGUGACAUCGCUUUAGGAUCGAAUGUGUCGACACAUUCAAGUGGAACAGAAGAUAGGCCAACACCAGGAGAUGAGGAUGAACGGAAGGAUGAGGCGCACACCCCGACCCACGAUAAAGCAGGGCUUAUCGAAAACGAAGUGGAUGGUUGACAUGUCUAUAAUAAAGCAAAGAGAAGCAACU